UCUUCUAAGGAGUCUUGACAUUGACCCCCCUUCGCCACUAGAUGGGGAAGUGGGGCAGCAGAACCCAAGAAAACGGUCCUUUCUCCUCUGGUAGGAGACCUGGAUUUGAUCCCAAUUUUAGGCUGCACGUACGCUGCUCAUCUGCGGCCCUGAAGCAGACAGCCUGGUUCCUCGGACGUCAUAUGAUAAAGACUGGAGGAGAGCCAGAGGCAGGGCCCCCGUUUGGAGAGGAGGACCCAUAUCUCAGUCAACGCGAGCAACCAGGGCCCCAUUAUCUCCACAAGGCAGGGAGGCGUAUCCUUUUCCCCUCUGCACUCCCCUUCACAUACCACUCUGACUCUCACUCUCUCCCCCCCCCCCCCCCCCCCCCUCUCUCUCACCCAUACACUAACUAGACUACAACCUGCUUCAGACGACGCCCCGUCGCCCAUGAGAUUUGCACCUCCGUCGUGCGUCUUUUCCGCUCUAGAGGAUAUCAGUGUGGUCUUGUCAUCAUCAUUAUUAUUAUUGUCGGGCUGUGCGCGCGAGCUGCCCGCGGCAUCACCUCACCAAUAACAGACGGGGUGCCAGUCAGAAGAAGAAGAGGAAGAAGAAGAGAGGGAGGAAGAGGAGGAGGAGGAGAGGAACGGGGUGACAGAGUAUUCCGAAUUGACGCUCAGAAAUAAACAAGUAGACAGACAGACACCCUGUUUGGAAGACCGUCUGCGGCGGGAAGCGAACGGGAUCUGCAACUGAGAUGGCUGAGGUGUCACAAGAGGAGAGACUCCAGGCCAUCGCUGAGAAAAGGAAGAAGCAGACAGAGAUUGAAAACAAGAGGAGGCAGCUGGAUGAUGACCGACGGCAACUCCAGCAUCUCAAGUCGAAGGCACUGAGGGAGCGCUGGUUGUUAGAUGGAGCUCCAGCAGAGGAGGAGACUCAGAAGCGUCUCCAAGAGGACGAGGUGAAGACCAAACUUCUGGAGCAGGUCAUCCUCAGGCUGGAGCAGGAGAUUGAAGAACUGGAGACAGGCGAGCCAGCCAAUAAGGGUGUGGCCAAAGAAAAUGGAGGUGAAAAUGGAGUAGUGCAGACCUCUGGUCAGACCCCAAAGAGAGAGGUGACAGGGAUUGAAGCCAAGCUGCUGGGUCCCAGUCCUGACCAAGCUAGCGCAGACAACCCCGUCACCUUGGUGUUCAUGGGCUACAAGACCGUUGAAGAGGAGCAGGAGACCCACAAAGCCCUGGGAAUGGAAGGGGUGGACGGCAACGUAAAGGCUGAGUUUGUUGUGAUCGAAGAUGGGGAGGGGAAAGCUGGAGGAGAGGCAGCCACAGAGGAGCAGGCUCCACCCAACGGGAGCAUGGCAGAGAAGGAAAAGGCCAACGGAGGCGGGGAGGAGGGAGAGAAGGAAAAGGAGAAGAAACAGACCUGCAAAUGCUGCACGGUCAUGUGAGCUGUGUAUGUGAAUGCGGGUGUGGGUGUGUGUGUGUGUGUGUGUGUAUGGAUGAGUACACACCUGCACCUGUGUAGGCAUGUGUGCCAUUGCAUGUGUCUGUAUUUGCAGAUGUGUGUAACUUUGUGUCUGUGUGGGAGUGUGUGUGUUUGUGUGUAUGUGUGUCAGGACUGGAAAAAAACAAAAGCCGAAGUACACAGCCAAUAUACCAACAAUGAGAGCCAAUACAAGCUCCAGCUACAACAACAAGAACCACAAAGACUCAUAAGUACACUUUACUCUGUAUACUUUCUCUGAUGUGUAUUUGACUUUUGGUUUCUAUUGAUAUUUUUCUAUUUUUCUGUCUUGACAUUUAUAUUGUAUUCAGUAUGUAUAUCUUUAUUAUGGGACUGUGUACUGUAAGUUCAUUGUUAUUAUUGUUGGAAAAAAAGAAAAUGUAUUAGCUCUCUGGACUGUACUGCUACCCACUGGGGGAAAUCUGGAAACUUUAAAUCAUUUAAGUCAAAACAGCAAACUAUGAAGGACACAGACACUUAAAUAUAUAUAUUUCUCUGUGUAGGCCUACCAACUAUUUAUCAGUCAAUUUCAUAUUGCAAUAUUGUCUAAGAUAUUAUUUUAAAUAGUAUUUUAAUAUAUUGAUAUGAAAUUAUGUUUUAUACAAUGUAUUUAUUGUUUUUGGUUCUCUAUAUCAUCGCUAACCAUUAACUGCAUGUAAGCUUGUAAGCUCUACCAGAUUUGCGUUACAAUCAUUACAAGUGUCUGUGCUUUCUUAGACUCAUAUGUGCUCAUAUCUUUGGUCACACAAGUCUUUGUAUCAGUAAAAGUAAAUAUAAUUGGCAGUGUUAGAGAUAUGCAUUAAAGGGGCUAUUUGUAAGUUUUGCUAUUGCUACAUAGCCAGCGUUAACAGUUGACUCACCAGUCUAGAAGAAACAUUGCGAGUUCAGCAUCAAACUUCAUCCCUUUACCCACCAACAGCUGUCUCCAGCGGUGGAAAGCAAUGCCAAUGUCAGCCAACUCUUGUCUUUUCUUCUCCUGAAGUUAACAUGCUAACCAGAAGAAGAAGUAGUGCUGCCCAGAGGGCGUAUUAUAACCUCUUGUCUUGUAAACGCAACGAUGGCCAGCGCUCUUGCCAAGCGACUAUUACCACUACUUGAUGCCAGCAAGAAACCACAUUUGGUGGCAGAGAAAACUUACAAAUAGCCCCUUUGAAGGAACUAUUUGCAAGUUUUGCUGUUGCUACAUAGCCAACGUUAGCAUUAACAGCUGUUUACUUACCAGUCUUGCCAAGAGUUUCAGCCAUCGUUGCGUUUUUAAUACAAGAGGUUAGAAUAAACUCUGAGAAGCGUUACUUCUUCAGGGUAGCCUGGACGCUACAGACUCUGUAUCGUAAAGUGAGAAGAUAGCCCGACUGGGUUAUGCUAAUUUCAGUAGAAGAAAAUAAGUGAUAUAAAUAGAAGUGAAACUUGAGGAUUGCUUUCCUUGAGUGAAAGAAUUAAGUUUGAUGCUGAACUUGCAAUGUUUCUUCUAGAUUGGUAAAUAAAAACCUAAAUAAAUAAAAACCUAAAAAUGUUUAUUAUGUAGCAAUAGCAAAACUUACAAAUAGCUCCUUUUAAGUUUAAAAAAAAAAUCUACAGCACGCAAACAAGAGGCAAAUUCGAACACUGACCAUGUUGCAAACUGCAUUAGCUUCUCAUAGAUGCUGUAUGUGACACAUGUACAUGAAGAUCACAGCUUUUGUAUUUUUUAAAUAAGAUGGAUACACUUACUUUAUGGUCAAUAGAGUCACAACGAACCAUUGUGCAAUGAUUAGAAAUGCUUAAAUGAUUUUCCUCUCAACAGUAGAAUCAAUGUAAAUCUUAUGAGGUAGCACUGCAUGAAGCCUUGCAACAUUUUUGACUGUCUUGUCACUGUCUGUUAUAUGCUAUCAUGUUCACAUGAAUGUAAAUCCAGGGGUUAAAUUGGGAUUCGUUCCACCACAAUAAGGAGAGGCGGGCUUGCUCAGCUCACCGUAAAAAAAAAAAACAAAGGUUUUUGUCACUUUCUGAACCAAAUAAAAUCUGAUGAUUCUGUAAUUUCACUGUGUGUUGGUCGGCUGCUGGUUUCUGUCCUGCUCUGCUCCCAGUUUAACCCCUGAUGCUUUGUCUGUAGACCUGGCCCCAAUAGUACUUGAAUAGACUUACAGAGAAAUAUGAAAUAUUAGAGACAUUUGAAUGCCAUUUCGCACAAAAACAAAAUCAUCUCUGCUGACCCUAAUUCUUUUGAGCCUUAAAACACAAUAAAAAGAAUUGAAUUUUUCCCAUCUAUCCAGGCCUUAUCGCCUAAUUAUUUUGUUAGAAAUUGGCCAUAUUCUGUAAUGGCAAGAUAUUUUAAACUGUAGGUUGCUAGAAAGACAAAUCAUGCAUUUACACCACAGAAAUUCAAAGCCCUGAAAGCCUAUUGAAAUACAUUUUGGCUCCAGUCUCUUCAUUUGUUUGGCAGACAGUAGAGGGCAUGGAUGGUCUGGGUCACUGAUGCUAUGCCACCAAUGCUUCUGCUGCCCUCAGGCUCAUCCAUGUCUCUGAUUCAUCCACACACCGUCACCAUUAUCUCAUUAUCACAUUUUUUCAUCUUCAUCACCAAGCACGCGCAGGCCCACCUUCUGUGCUCGGAGCCACGCAAUUCAAAAACCUCUGAAGUUGGUGCUAAUCCUGAGUCUCGUCUAACACUCUCCAUCCACCAACUAUUGUUCAGCUCCUUCUCUCUGUCUUACGCAAAUCACCGGUGAGGGGGAUUGUGGGAAUCUACUGCCUCCUGCAUACACCUGUUGAAUAAGAGAGUCUUUUGCAACCUUCAGUGCCAGAUGCAUUUUCUCAAGUUCUGUCUACAUUUACCACCAGAGAAAUGAUCCCUUCUAACAUUCCAAAGGGAGGUCAACAGGCGUGGACGGAUGAGAUAUAGUCUAUGCUUUCCAUAUGUACAGUGCAACUUUGUUUCUUAUAUUGACUCUCAUGUUUUUUCUUUCUUAUGGCCUCUUUGCAAGGCAGUAUACUGUAUUUGAUGUGUGUAUUUUUUUUAAGAAAAAAAAAUGUGUAUUGUUGGUGCCUUUGUCAGGUUCAGUUUGUUGGACUUGCCUGUCUGCCGCCAUUUUUAGACCGGGUUUUUUCUUGCUCUGCUCCUGGUCAUGAUGACCCACUGGAAACACUGCCUUCUACUCUGGAGGGUCAUUACACAAGUAUAGUAGAAUAUUACUCUAACUUUUCUGUGCAGCUCAGAUGGUAGGUAAUAUGCAGACUACUGUUGGUGUCUUGAAAAAACUUUGUAUCCUGCAUCCUAUUUUAACUUUUCAAAAUUGUUUAAUUGAUUUUACUGUAACAGACAGAAGUUGUUUUUAUUGCACGCAUACAAGAAACUCUUAUCAAAAACCAAUCUACAUGCAAUGAUUUUUCAACAGUUUGGGGGAUACAAACUUUAUGCAGGAGACUAACUGAAAGUCUUUGUAUAUACAGUAUAUACACAUGUAUAUCUGUGUGCAUACCUAGAGGUAUAUGCAUACAUAUGUAUACAAAGAAAAACAUGUAAAUUUGUUUAGCUAAAGCUUUGCUUAAUAGUGGGUCUCUGGGACAGCAGCAGAAAAAGCAACCUUGUGUUAGACCAAUGCCUGUUCAUCUAUUCUGUGGUCAUCUAAAUGUUCUCUUGAAUCUUGAAUAAAACUGUUUGUUUACAGCAA